CCUUACCACCAAUGGACCUUUCCGUACGAGUUGAUCAAGCCCGCCAACCAAGGAACCGAGACCAUUGCUCUUUUCCACGACAGCCUCUCCAACAGCCAAGAUGUCAUUGAUCGAAGCUUAGCAGAGGCACUGCAAUCAGUCAUCUCAGAAGCUCCCCACGGCCAACAGUUCUUCCAGCUCUAUGCGCCACUAAAGCUGCUCAUCAGGGCGCUCGAGUUCAACAGAGCUCAACGGCGCAAAGAACAUCCCCCCAUACAGCUCUACAUUGCCCAGUCUCUCCUCCCGGACCUCCCCAGCCCUCUGCAAAGCGAUGUGCCGACUCCAGAAAUCCUUUCCCAAGUAGGGAGAGGCGACGUCUACAGCUCCUCGAUAUGGCUGGGCACCGAGCCGACUUACACGCCGCUCCACCGGGACCCGAACCCGAACCUGUUCUGUCAGCUGUGUAGCAGCAAGGUGGUGCGGUUGCUGCCCCCUGAGAUGGGCCACGAGCUGUAUCAUCGGGUGCGAAUGAGGCUGCAGAAGUCUGGGAAUGGUCGGAUAAGGUCUACCGAGAUGAUGGAGGGUGAAGAGAGAGAACUGCUGCAUGGCGCUGUUUGGGAAAACAAGAUGGAAGACAUUGAGAUGACGGAUAUCCGAGAGGUCACGUUACGUGCCGGUGAUGCCCUGUUUAUUCCAAAGGGGUGGUGGCAUUCUAUCAAAAGCGAGCAGUCGGAUGGACAUCUAAACGGAUCAGUCAACUGGUGGUUUCGCUGA